CUACGUUGGCGGGAAAAAAGAUCGAUCACUUUAUGCUUGUCAUGUAUUUUACCUAAUCGAGCGACGGUGCGGUGCUCCCACCCAGACUGAACAUCGGUGUCUGUCAGAGUUUUGGGCGCGUCUGGACGUUAAGUGGGAUUCCUCCUCGGCGGUUUGAGAAAAGGAUGGAGAGCUGUGCACACGUUUUUCAAAUCUCUGGGAUCAAAACACAGAGCAAGAAGAGACUUUUGAUCCAAGGGAUCAGACAACUGGGUGGAAGGUACAUUGGAGGCUCAGUAUAUCAGCAUGAAAGCACCCAUCUCAUAAUCCCCCAGGUUUUAUCAAGUGAAAAGUUUUUAUCAGCUUGUGCUGCAGGGAAGUGGGUUGUGACUCCAGACUAUGUCUUAGACAGUGUAAAAAAUGGUUCCUGGCUUGCCGAGGGGUCCUAUGAGGUUGAGCUUUCCACAGAUUCCACAUCUCCCUCCUACCCUGUCAGGAAGUGGAGGGAGAAGGUUGCGAGUGGGAGUCUCACAGGGGCCUUUCAGGGAUGGAGAGUGCUUCUCUUGGUCCAGGAGAACAGCCGCAGAGGCAUGUUCAACCGGUUGCUAAAAGCAGGCAGGGCGGAAGUGUACCACCGCCCUCCACCGUCUCAUGCCUCCAUCACUCAUGUUAUGGCCAAACCUGUCACAGAGAACUCAAAAUCCCACAAUGCUCCUUGUUAUCCUGUGAAUCAUAUAGUCCAGCACCUCUUUGGGAGUGAUUGUGUGAAAGAAAAUUUCAGCAUGAAAGAAGAUGAUCCAGAGGACUUUACCUCUGAAGCUGAUGAAGACUUCUCAAAUUUAGAGAAAGAGCUGAAGAACUACAUAAUCAAACAAGAGGGUCGCCCAAGGCUGUGCUACUUUGAAUUUCUGGGUUGCCAUGCCCCCAAUCAUCCCCCAACACAGGCAACAGAAACGGACUUCAGCAACGUCGGGAGCAUGAUAGAGUGUGGCCUCUUCAACGAAGCGUUGGACUCAAUUAGGAGCGUGUUAUUUCCAGGCGUGCUGCCACCGGCGUCGCACCUCGCCGCCCUCAUAGCGUACGCUCAGCAGGGCAAAACCACACCUGGGUUCCUGCGAAAUUUUCACUACAUCAUGGAAAACCUGAUCUUCACAAACCCUCCCUGGCUGGCUCCGAGCUCAGUAAAAAAUUAUUUCGCUCAAGUGCUGCAGUGUCCUCGCUGUAAGCUGGGCUCCUGGCGUUUCCUGCAGACGGCUGUCAGCUACUGCCUGUCCAGAGAGGACACGUGUCACCCGCUCCCUGGACCCGCUCUGCCCACACUGCUGGAUUUCCAUUACACCAUCCUGAUGCUUUUCAUGAAGCUCUUCCAGGGGGAAUAUUACUCUCUUACUGCUGGAGAUUUUGGGCUGUCUCAGGGGACGGGGGUCCCUUCAGCAUCAUCACUGCUGUAUGUAACCAUCUGGACUGUGUGGGAGCGCUCCGUCCUGCUGUCCGCCGCCGUGAAACAACUAACUCAGCUCUUAAUGGAGGCAGCAGUUGUGGACUACGUUGAGCAACCUGAGAAGAAGAAGCUGCACAUGGCUGACGCUUUGUUGGACCUGUUCUCUGUGUUGGUGGAGUUCUGGUGUCAGCACCACAUCAAACUGAACCAGACGCUCAUGCAGAAAGGCCUGAAAGACCUGUCAGAGCACCUUAUUGUUGUUAGCCAAGACGUUCCGCCUGGAGCUUUGGCGGAGCUGGCCGUCAGGCUUCGUUCCACCAGGCUGAAGUUGUUGAUGACCGAUGCCUUGCUUAAGAGCGUCUUCUGCAGCAACGGCAUCACCGUGGGAGAUGAACCGCUGUCGUACAGGAAAAUGGUGCUUUCUUACCUGCCUCUUCUGGGGAGUUUAGCUCGGAGUCCCAGCGGUGCCUGCCUCCGGACUGGAAGCAACCGCAGAGUUGGAAAGUCUUCUGGGAGCGAAGCGAACUUGGAGAAAGAGAACAUCCCCAGAGGCUUCAGCAGAGUUAACGCAGCAGGAGAGACCCUCCUCCACCGAGCUUGCAAGAGGAACCAAGUGGAAAUGGUGCUUCAGAUCCUGACGCUUCCUGGCACAGACGUCAACGUUAAAGACCAUGCAGGCUGGACUCCUCUGCACGAGGCGUGCAACCACGGCAGCGCCGAGUGUGUGGCGGCUUUGCUGCGUUGCCAUCCCGCCCCUGUGAUUGACAGCCAGGUGGGCGGCGUGAGUCCGCUACAUGACGCCCUGCUCAACGGACACAUGGACAUUGCCAAAAUGCUUCUGGAACAUGCAGGCUCGGCUCUCCUCCAGCAGCCCAGCGGAGGCGGGCUGCUCCCCCUGGACAUGGUCUCCACGCCCGAGGGGAGGGAGGAGCUGCUCCUCAGCGCCCAGGUGGGCGACGCCGCCCUGAGCGAGGCCGCGGAGGCCGUCGCCCUCCCCCUGCUGGAGGCGGCGUCCACGCUGCUCGCCCACCUCAUCUUCACCUACCACCGGGAGCGGGGCGUCCCCGGGUCCCCCGGCCUGGCCCAGCGGCUGGUCCGGGCAAUGGGGGGCCGGCCCUCCCAGAGGCUGACCGCCGGCUGGACGGACCGGCGGGCCGUCGGGGCGGCGGAGGACGCCGAGACGCUGCUGGAGCUGAGCCGGGGCCGGCACCGGGACCCGGACCGGGACUGGGCGGUGACGGAGCGCGGUGGGGAACACACGGCCUUCCUGAUGGAGAUCGUGGAGGACCUGAGGUCACGGGGGGAAGCGCUGGCGGCGCUCCUGUGACGGGGGGUC